AUGCACAGGCAGUGCCCCUCCCGGGGCCGGGAGAGCCUAAUUCCUCAAUCACUGCAUCCUAAACCCGGGGGCACGGCUGCUCUGGGGGUCCCCUUUCCUCUGGAGAAGCACAGGGGCCCACCAUCACCUGGCCGCGCCGUCCAGGCCUCCGCGCAGACCCCCGCGCCUAGCGUCCGCCCCUUCACGCUCCGCAGCCUGGCCUCCAGGGCCAGGCGGAGGGCUGAGGAGGUGGCGGGGGGCACCUCCCCGCCCUACAGACCAGAGCUCACUCGCCCAAAUUUGCAGCCCCCGGAGCCCCGCUUGCCUCCUCGCGGCUGGGUCGCCCCCGCCUCGCCCGCGACUCCCGCCCACCCUGAGCGCGCUGGCGGGCCCGGCCGGGCUCCUCCUUCGACCCCGGUAAUACGAACCGCCGGCGGCCCGCUCGGCCUUACUCCCUCGCGCAAACCUCUCCCUCCUCCUCCUCCCCCUCGCCUCGACUCCUCCUCUCGGGCGGGGGCAGGGGCGGGGCGCCUGGGGGCGGAGUGGGCCAGGGGGCGGGGGACGCGGCCGCCCCGGUGCGGGCCGACCGCGGGGCGGUCCGCAGGCUACAGGGCGGCGAGCACCGAGCUUGUCUUCGCCGACCGGCGGCUCCUAGCACCUGGCGGACGGCAGCGGCGGCACUUCCGGGAUGGCUUUCUCCAUGUGGAUCUCGGGAACGCGAGGGGGCGGGGCCUGGGGGUCAGGGGUCAGCACCUCCCCGGUUGCCGUGACGACCGCGGGCGCGCGACGCGAGCUCCCCGCCCAAUGCAAGCGUGCUGCUCGCGUGAUUUAGCGCCCGCUGCUGCAACCAGGCACAGCGCUGUCCACCAGGGACGUGUGGGCCUGCUCCGGCCGGCAGAAGAGCCUGGUGCGGAUUGGGGGACAGUCCUUGAGAGGUGGCAGUCAAAGCCCCGGACCUGCCGGACCUAGGGAGAGACCCAAGUUCAAUCACUGGAAGCUGGCUUUGCUGGAGCCUGGAUGCCCGGAGCCUGGCACAGAGCGGGCAGGAAGUUCACUAAAUGGUGGUGGAAUUAAUCAGUCCCCUUCACUGACCGAAAACAUACUUCUCCCAAAGCCCUUACCCACUCUUUCUUUUGCAAAGGAGAGAAAGCUGUUAUUUGACUGGAAUUGAAAGACCUCACUUAGUGUGGUGUCUUUAUCUGAGGAGACCCUCCCAAGGAUCAGCGAGCUCACGUUCCGGUUGCAAUCAGCAAGAGGGAUUUUUAUUCAGUCACACAGGUACCUGGGACGGCGGAGUCUCGAGGAAGACUCCCCCCAGCUAGGAAGCAGGGAGUUUUUAUAGGGUAGCUAAAAGCGCGGGUACAGAAGCGAGAAGCAUGGUUACAGGGGUUUCAUUGGAUGGUUUAAACAAUACAGGGUUUGAGCUCAGAGGGGACUUUCCGAGAACUCGGGAGGGCGGUAAGGGUCUGUUUAUCCAGGAUGUAGCUGGUUUCUGUUCCUGGAAACGGGUCCAGGUGCUUAACCGCCGAUAUCUUGUUUGGCCCUCUUCCCGGGGUAGGGCCUGGCCUGGUGUUGAGAAUAUCUUGUCCUUGCUAGCUGGGGGACGAAAUGGCGUUACUGCGAGUGUGGGUGUGAGGGAUCUCUCAGGGGGUCUUUCAGAAUGACCCCCA